AUGUUAUCUACUGUACAACAUACAUUACAAGGAAAUGAAGUAGCAGAAGAACAAUAUCAUUUUCUUAGUCAAUAUCAAAGUCAUACAUCUUCUAAUAGCAGAUCAUUUAUUCAUUCUUAUCACUAUGAUUCUAAUUUUGAGGUCGCUAAUCGCGCGUUUUAUGCGACCAUUAAAAAAUUUACUAGACAAAACUGUUCUAAUGGUUCUCAACGUCGAUCUUCUCCUUAUUCGUUUCUAGAGAACUGGCAUUUGCAUAGUAUGUAUAGUAAAUCACAGCAAACAUUACUCGGUAUUACGCCCGUUAGACCCUCUGUCAUUUUGUCAGGUGAUGACUUUAUGUUUACACUCCCUUUUAUUGAACAAGAAAUAGAAGAACAAGAAGAAGAAGAAGAGGAGGAGGAGGAGGAAGAUGAUGAUGAAGAAGAGUAUAACUACGAUGAAGACUGGGAAGAUUCCUAUUAUAGUCUUAGUCCUUGUCCUAAUUCAAUAAAUCGGUCAGAAUUCUUUUUUUAUGAUAAUAAUGAUGAUGAGGUAAUUCAACACAUUAGCGAUAAUGAUGAGGAGGAUAAGGAAAGGUUUGAAAAUAUCAAUAGACUAUUGGCUUCAACAUAUUCACCGACAUUACUUAAAGAUAUGAAUGAAGAAGAAGAUUAUAAUUUUAAUUCAGUUAUUUGUAAUCAAAACUAUUAUUCAGAUAGUUUACAAAUGAAUAAUAAUCAUGAACGUCGUCCAAAGAUUCUAAAGGAAUAUGAGCCAAUAACCCUAACAAAUGAUCAUUGUCCUUUAAUAAUUGAUACCUUCUUGCAACAACAUGACGAUGCUGUAGUAUUAGAUAUGGAUCCACACGUGCCUUCUCUUCACGAUGUCCCUGAGUUAUCGCCUACUUCUAUUUCCUCCAAUGAAUAUGAUACCAUAGUUACGGAUGUAGGUAGUAACGAUAGUACAACAUCUCUCAUGAAUUUAACACGUUUGUCCACUGAUCAUAUAAUACAAUGUCAAGAUGUUACACCAUUUGACCCUAUGACUUGUUCAAGUCAAAAGUCUACAAAAAAAGACAGUUCAUAUCAAUCAUUAGCAGACCUUAUACCAUCAAACGCAACAACGUCAUCGAUAACAUCUGAUAAUACAACAACGUCAUCGAUAGAAUCUGAUAAUACAACAAGCGUCAUUGCGCCUAUGCCUAUGCCUAUGCCUAUACCUAUACCUAUGCCUACGACUACGCCUAUGACUACAACUACGACUACGACUACGACUACGAAUCCAACCUUUUAUGGAUCUAUCGAUAAUACAACUCAAACUCGAAAUCCAAUGACUUUUUUCGAUUCUAUUAUCCAACAGGGAAUAUCAAUCGAAAUUUUAUUUAUUUGUAUCAUGUAUGUCUGGCAAUUUUUAGUGCAAGUAAAAAAUAUGCUUUUUAAUAAUUCAAUAACAACAACAAGGUCAGAAGAAGAAACUGACUAUUUACUUUAA